UUUGCCGCCAUGUCCGUUCCGGUAGAAUUAAUUAAGCAGCAGAUCAAUGCUACAAUUGAGACGCUUCAAUCCAGAAAACAAAUCCUUGAGUCGCACAAGAAACAGUACACCAACCUCAGUUUCACGCUAGACAACCAUGCCCAGUACACUAACCGCGAGCAGCCGUUACUCGAUGUCCGCAUCGGGCCCAAGGCCAUUGUCACAGGCAUCAUGCCCGAACCCAAGAAGAUCAUGGUCAUGCUCGGAGAUGACUACUUCGUGGAGCGCACACCUAGCCAGGCAAAAACAAUCUUAGGGAGACGCUUGGCGUAUCUCGACUCCACGCUUGCGGAAUUUGACAAGAAGGUCAAGGAGGCCAUGGAGACACUCCGCAAGAUUAAGGAGCUUGAAACCCACUCAUUAGGCAAAGAGGUGCUCAACGGAGAAGCCCCAAGGGCUGAGAUAAACGAAGAGGGCUUGCCGUUCAUGGAUAUCAGGGAGGAGUUGGACGAAGACGGGAGCGUGAUAGAUAGUGUGUGUAUUCCAACUGACAAUGGUACCGAAUCGGUCGCGCCACGUGAGGCACAAGCUGAAGUCACUGAACCUGAAUUAGCUCGUUCUCUCCCUGUCAUGAACAUUAUUGAGCAACUUGAUGAAGACGGCGAGAUUAUCUCCGCCUCUGUGGAGCCGGAAAGUGUGUUGCAGACCAUUCUCCAGACGCCUGCUGAGCUGCUUCAGGGCGACCAACUCACCCGGUUAAAUCGCAACGAUGAAGGUUUGCCGAUUAUGCGUAUCGAGGAGGGGUUAGAUAGCGAUAAAGCACCCGCUCUACAAACUCCAGAGGUCGAGGUCAAAGGGCAAGAAGACCAAGAGCAGGUCAGAGAGUUGCUUGAGGAUAUGGGCAUUGUUUCUGAAGUUGGAACCCCAGCCGAAAACAAGUCUGAAAGUAUCCCGUCGGAUCUUGGUAACGCACCUGCGACUGCGGGCGAUAUCAUUACGCUUGAACUUAUAGCAGAUGAUUUUGCCGAAGAAGACUAUUCGGGUGCCGAAUUUGAUGACGAAGAGUGGGACUUUGAGUCUGAAGAAGACGACGACGAUGAUGGUCUCUACGGUUCGAUUGUCCCUGCAGAAGGCAGAGCCCAAAGUAUGUUUUGGGAUCAGAUCCGGGCGGUACGCGAGAAACAGAACCCCGACGCAAAGAAAGAGCCGACCGUUGUCCGAGACAUUGCAGAUAUCAGGGCUGAGACCAUUAGGGUGAACGUGAGUCAAAUCCCAGAACAUGACAUUGUCGAGGAAUUGUUCACCAGGGACUUACCCGAGGCUGAAACCCUUCCAAAGCCGAAGAAGAGUGUCUCAUUUGCCACCAAUCUCCAAGUUAAGGAAAUUGAAAAUGUCUCUGCUGAGUUGAAGCAGAUCAACCACACCCAUGUUUCCCGCUUCAAGCAAAAUAUCACUGGCAAGAAGUCUGUUAAUGGUGUAUUGGAAGACAAGACUGCCCCCUUAGUGGAGCUCCCCGCACUGGAAGAAGAUGUGUUUGAGAACCCGAUGUUGGAGAAGGUGGUUGAGAGGGCCAUUGUUGAGACACCGGUGAUUGACCCUACAUUGGUUGAAGAUAAGCCUGUUAGGCUUUCCAAAUUCAAGCAAUCCCGUAACGAGAAUGGAUCUACUUCCAUGCGCACUCUCAGCCCCAUGGACUUUAUUGCUUCCCCAGUUGAAAAUCAUCGUCCCGAGACAGAAGUCGAGACGGCAGCUCCCAAAAAAGUUUCCAAGUUUAAACAAUCACGUACCCUGGAGCCUUCUGCCCUGGACUUUGUUACUUCGUCUUUAAUCGUCGAGAAAAUUACGUUGAACGAGCCCGUAGAGGGUGAAGUCAUCUCUUCUAAGGUUUCCCGUUUCAUGCAAUCGCGUCAGUCUAGUCUGGCAAUGGCUAAUGUUGCGGAGAGUCCCAAUACGAUGAGGGACGUCAUUACUUCUCUGACUGUAAACAUUCUCAAUCCGAUCGUCGAUGCACAUGAGGACCCUGCUCCUAAGCUUUCCCGUUUUGCACAAACUUCCAAGUCUAAAGGCUCACCUAUCCCCAUUAUUUCAAACUCAAGAGUGACUCCAAAAGUGUUGCCUGCCAUCCCAAUAUUGCAUGGUGUGGAGGGUGAGGUGCAGCCUAUCUCUAAUCGGGCUGAACUCAUCCAAAGCUCGAUUGAUUCAGUGGAAGACUCCAAGCUGGAAGAAAUGAGCUCGCAGAUGGUUAUGGAUGUUACCGAAAAAGUAGGCAAUCUCAGUAUAGAUGUGCCCCAGACCGUGGGACCGGUUAGUACAGCAAAGGUUUCCAGGUUCAAAUCUCUUAGGUCUGCUGAGCGCGGUGUCUUGUCGGUCGCAAAUGCACCUAUUAGCGCUGUGAUGGAUGCUGCUGAACCCCAUGUUGAGAUGCUAGAGAAGGCUCGUGACCACGAUACCGUGGAGGUUAUGGAAACCACGUUGGACUACCAAAGUCUCCAAGAUGACAUGGACACAAUGGCCAAGGCGUAUCUCUUAGGUAUGUACGACGACGAUAUUGAGACCGAAGGGCCAAUUGUGAAUGAACUAGCGGAUUUCGAGGUAUUGAACAAGAUGGUUGAGUCUUUGAACGAAAAACCACGUUCAGGUCAGAAGAGAAGUACGAAGGUUCCGCUCAACUAUUCUUCCCGUGAAUUCCAAACGGAUGAUAACAUCUUACAACCGCAAGAGGAUUAUAUCACGAUGCUGGAAGAAGAUGAUGACAGGCCGGUAAUGCUGGAAACUAUCGUGGAAAACGUGUUUACCGAUACAGAUGGUGUUGUAGACCCAAGCGAGCAUUUGUUAGACAACGAUGAUAUGUUGCAGCAAGAGGUCACAAUGGAAUACCAAAGACUCAGACAGCGCAUGAUCCUUAACCAGAGCAACACCGGCUUCCGUAAGAGCGACAAGGAGAUGGAGUUUGAGCCAGUUGAUGAGAAUGGAGACCCGAUCAAGGUCAGUAGGUUCAGGGCUGCCAAGUUGGCCAUGCAUAAGUAGUGGCUUGCUUUUAUCAUGUACUAGGUUUAUAAAUACAAAUAAGUUUAAGAGAGGUAUAGUAUAAAUUAAACUCGGA